CGUGGGUCAAGUAAUCAACAUGGCGAUGCUCGCAGAGCCGAAAUCCAAGCAAAAAUGGAGCAGCGAUCCACGAAAUACAGCGUGGACCAAUGGUAAGGAACUAUUUAUUUGUCAAAAGUCUCCCCCUGGCUUUUUUUAUUAUUAUUUGAAAUUGUUUAGGUCAAUUGAUAGAUUGCCGUUCAUAUCUGAGCCAUUGGGAAGUCUGAAAAUGGAUCCACUUUUAACCGGCCGAUUCUUUUGGUUACCAUCCUUUUGCCAAAGCUUGCCGUUUACCGUUUCUCAUGAUUGGUCGAUGGAAGAAUAUAAUUCAGGUUGAUGAUUGUUUUGGAUGGAGCUUUUGCUUGGAGUUUCAUGAUAACUCCAAAUUUAUGUAACAUGUUAGAUAUUACAUACUCGAAGAGAUCCAUAGCAAGGUUGACGGCAGAGUAUAGGGAGUUUUCAAGGAUUCAACCUUUUCUUGAGAAUGGCUAUAUUAUUUGGAAGGUUUGUAAAAUGAGACAAUGAUAUAUUUUAAGAAGGAGAGAGAUUAUCAGAAUGUUAAUUGUUUAAACUAUUUUGAUCAGAUACCAGACGGUUUGGUUACCAGAUGUUGACUAAAAUGGGAUGGGAGAGUGGAAAAGGACUGGGUGCUAAGGAGGAUGGAACUAAAACACAUGUUAAAUCUGUCAAGAGGCAGCAGAACUUAGGUAAGAAAGCAAAAUAUUGUUGACAUUAGUGAUAAAGAUUGCAUGCAUUUCUUGAUGAAAUCUGUUGUUAUAACAUGUAAACCUUUGGAAAGAAAGGAUAUACAAAAGCUUUUUGAGAACACUAAAUAUUAAGUUAAACUUGGUAAGAUUGAUCUUUUCUGCAGUCACAACUUCAUUUGCUCCAAUACUGGAAGUAACACUAUUGCCGCUAUCAAAUAGCCUUCUCAGUCAUGUUAAACUUGCUGACUAACUGAUACUCUUUUAUGACGUUUUCAGUAACUAUGCAUGAAACAAAAAUGAAAGAUCCUGCACAGUCUGGAAGUCUUUAUCUAAAACUGCACCAUAUUAAUGUUUUCAUCUUUGAUUUUUAUUGACUUUCCUAAACAGUCAACUCCACUAACUAUGGUGGCAUGCCACUUGAAGGGUGUAUGAAUUUUUUUUUUUUAAAUUAUCAACUUGGUUAAUUCAACCAAAUAAUCUUGUAAUACCCCCCAUCUAUGCAGAGCCACAGUUUCAUCAGAAACUUACCCCUUUAAGCUUUACAACAGUGUAGCAGACAUUUAUCCCUGGGUAUCAUUCUCGUCAUGAGGAUUUAAAGUUCAUUUGCAUGUAUACAAGAGUUAGAGCAUUUGUCUGAAUUUCAGUGAAGAAAAUGCUUAUUAGACUUAACCAACUGUUAUGUUGUUCAUAAUAUUCAGGUCUAGGGGCUGAGAAGUCUCAUGAAGAUAACUGGAUAUCACACCAGGUAGCAUUUGAUGAUUUGCUAUCUCAGCUUAAUAAUCAUGCAGAAAAUGAUAACGGUGAGAUAACCAACAGUUUUACAUAUGCAUUUGAGUAUCUAUCAUUACUGCUAUGGGUUCUUCAAAAAACUUUUAUGUUUCCAUUAUUUUCUUGGUAUAUAAUUAGAGUUUUGAGGUUUAGUUUGUCUUUCAUCUGUGUGUUACAGAGGAAAAGUCAGUGAAGAAAGCAAAGAGUCAUGAAAUGGAAAAGAAAGCAAGACAGUCCCGAAAAAGAGUGUUGUAAGUACUGUUCCUUAUUCUUAGAGGACCUCACUAAAAUCACCUUUUAGUGAUAAAAAGUCUCUUGUUACUCUAAUUUUUUUAUAAGUUAGGUAUGAAUCCUGUGUCAAAUUUCUAAACUGCCAUACACUUAUGUUAGUCACUCUAUUGUAGACAAUAACCAAUGCAUUUGUGUAAAUUAGGACUGAAAAGCCUUCUUAGAGCCCUAAUAAAGAUCUUUUUCUAAGAAGUUAAGGAUUAACUCAGCUUAUGAGUUCAGGGGCCUUUCAUAGUUGGAGCUUGGAUGGGAUACUGGUCCAUUUCAGGUUACCCUCAAUCAUUACAAGUAUGUCAGUUUUCCACUAAAUUUUGGUGAUAUGGAUUUCUCUUCUUGAGAAGAGAGAUGCAAGUCUUGCCUAACAACCAAAUGACUUGGUUGAGGCUUUAAGCACAUCACCUGUUGACUGGUAGCUCAGCAUGCCAACUGUUAGGUGGCUAUGUGCCUUGAAUGUUCUACAUAAAUUGAAUUUGUUUUAGACAGAAAUACUUUAAGUUGGCUUUCAUCUUGUAACAUGUGUACCACCAUGCUUCCCAACAUUGACAUGAGGAUGUGAAAUUGAAUUGUGCUUUGUUGGAAAUAUGGAAUGUGAGAGGGUAGGCCAGGAAGGAUUACCUUACAGAAUUAGUGUAAGAGGUUCUUUUAGACUUGGUGCAGAAGUUAAGCAUCCUUGGUUAGAAGUUGCAUUUUUCCUGGGCUUUGUUACCCAAGACAAUGUUAUUUCUGGACCAUUUAUGUGUAUAAGGUUAAUGACUGAUUGGCUGUUUUGUAUUCAUAGUUACAAUCGCUUCAUUCAGAGCAAAGACUUGUCAUCUAAAUCAGCAGAAGACAUGGCUUGCAUCUUUGGUCAGAGGAGUAAGUCAGCUCCUGGAACUCCUCAGGAACAGUCAGAGGUUGGUUCAAACAUCUUUAUCGAAGCUUUGGGGUUAUUUUAUUUCGAUAGCCCUUGCUCUGAUUAACCGAAAUGUACCGUACCGGUUGCUCUGUUUUGUUUUGUUAUCGAAUACGAAAAUACUUAAAAAAUGUUGAAACAAGCCUUUUUUACAAAGCUACUUUUCUUCCAAUGUAGGACGAAGAAUCGGACGAGAGUACUGCUUCCUGUCCGCCGCCAUCUUCUCACGGUGUGCAGACUAUAAACUCCGGACAAAGCGUUCAGGAAUACUUUGAGAUGAAAAUGAGGGAGAUGAAAGCGGCUCGAGAAAGGAGGCAGACAGUGGAGGUGAGCGCUAUUCAAGAAAAAAUAGCAACGGGAAAAGAUCACAACGAGGAAGUUGACGAAUCAGAACCGAAGAGGAAGAAGAAGAAAGAAAGUAAAAGAAAGCUUAAACAUGCGAUUGAAAAUGAGGAAUUGGUCAAUAGCGUAAGUGUUACGCAUUCUUUUGAUGUGAAAUGUUCAGCUGGAAAGAGAAAGAGAAACGGUGCCGUGGAAGAAACGAAAUCUGGAUUAGAAAGUGGAUGCAAACCGUCGAAGGAUAGGACGGAAGAAAAAGGAAAAAAGAAGAAAGCAAAAGAAAUUAAUGGUCAGACUUUAGAGGUUGACAGCAGCUCUUUGGGAAGGCUGGAAAUAGUAGAAGAGGUGAAAGAUAAAAAGAAAACGUCCAAGAGAAAGAGCGAGAAGGGGAUUGCUAGAUUUGAAAAUGAAGAUUUGGAAAAGUCGUCCGAGAGUGACCGAAGAAGGAACAAGACAAAAGGUAGCUCUAGCGACGAGAAAUCUUUUAAUGAGACAAUUUCCGAAGUGGAGGAAGCAAACGAUGAAGGCAACUUACGAAAGAAGAAGAAGAAGAAGAAGAAGAACCAAGAUGUCGGUAAUAGUCUAGAAACUGUCGAAAGAAUGAAAAACGAGAAGAAGAAAAGAAAAAAGGAUAAAAAAAGAAAGAUCUAGGAAAAAAGAUGGGGGUGACCGGGAAAGACCGAAACAAGAUUAUUUUAAUUCUUCCACCAAAAAAUAAACCAAUAGCGAUGGCUGAUUUUUAUGUUUAUGUUCUUUUAUGUUACUCACGGUACCAACUCUACACACGAUAAAACAAUCAUCGUAUGUUAUUUUAGUAAAUGUAGAAUAUUUGAACUUACUUUGCCAAUCAUUACUUACAAAUGUUUUUGAGACGCGAACGGCAGCCGGAAGUUAAAAAACUCAUUCAUGGUGCUCAUUGCACCUAUUUGGUCAGCACAAUUUGGUUUAAAAUGUUAUAACGAAGACUUAACGGCCGAUACAAUAUUGGUGUCAAAGCGCACUAGAAUUUAUUUUUUUCUUUUCCGGUUGCUGUCUGCGGCCCAAAACUGUCCCUGCUUUAGUUCCCAAUUGUCGUUUGAGAGCGCGCCGCUUUCACGGUAUUACUUUUAAAACUGAAUUGCUAAGAACUAAAUACAAUCUUAAGCGAGAAGGAAGAAGAACAUUUUCUGUUGCUGCACCACUUUUAUGGAAUUCCUGAACCGGUGGUAUCAGGAACUGUGGAUAUGUAUGUAGUCUAAACCAAAAAGUAUCUCUUAAGCAAAGGAUCUCAAUGAUAUAAUAGCUUUUACUGCAAACGGUUAAAAUCUUGGCCAUUUUAUAGCCAUAGGUUAUUCUUUUUCCUUUGUUUUUAAGAGAAAAACUUCUACGGUUUACUUUUUUUACGACCAAUGGUUAAAAUUUGUCAAUUUUUACGCCUAACGACUGAUUAUGUUUUACCGUUUCACGGCUAACGGUUAACCCCAAGAUCCUCUAAAAAUAUUGCAAUUAAACGCCCGCAUAACGGAACAAACAAUUAAAAAACCUUCAGGGUGGAAUUUGAUAAAUAGAACAUCAAACCAAUAAGAAUUGUCAGUACCACCUGAAGAAAUUGAACAGGUUCCUAUUUACUAAAAUGUGAAUAUCAAA